CCCCAGGUCUCUUAUUUGCAAAGCAAAGAUGUCACAUCAGGCAGGAGAUGUCCACAUUUAAAAUGGUGAUGGAUGUGUGAUAGUAGCUUUUCUGGGGGGGGGUUGGUUUGGUUUUUUAAAUUUAAUUUUUGUUUUGUUUUUGCAACCAGUUAUUUUUAUAGGUGCUGAGGCCCUUUUCCUUUCAAGCACAGCUGUUUAACUCUCAGGCCUGCCUCUGGAAAUCUCCUCAGAACUGGCCUUCUGUUUCUUUCAUGUUUGAUAUCUUUGGGGUUCACACAUCCACACUACGUGCAGUUCACAGCAAUAGAUACUUUGAGAAACCUGCUGGGUUAAGCGGGCCUUUUCCAAACUAACAUUGGCCCAAAGUCUGCUGCAAUUCAGCUGGAUUGGGACACGUCUGUAUCAAAGGAGUGGUUCACACCUGAUUUGCCUAGAGGCUCAGGGGAGGUGUGGUAAGAUAGGAUGAGUAGGAAUCGGCAACAAUAAAGCUAAAGGUGAGGGGGAAAGACCCUCACUUUGCAGGUAAACAAGCCUGUUCUGUUCAUUCCCUCUGACGCAUUUGGCACUAGUCACUCUCAGGCAGCACACUGGGCUAGAUGGAUGACUGUGGGUUUCCUCAUCUGAAAGCUCUGCAGCCACUGCUUGUCAUCCCAGAUGUGCAUGACAAUGUGAUCCCACCAUCCAGUGCUUGUUUCCCAAGCCCAAAAGCAGCAUUCCGCUGUGGGCAGCAUCUCCAUGAAUCCCACAAGCAAUCUCGUGUUGUAGCUACUACAUGUGGGGAGAUCAAUGUUGAACUCCUCUGCUUUUGUAGUUUAAGGAAUAACUCCAGUGCCACUCAUGGUGUGUAGCAUAUUAGUCAGUGCGGGAUCCAUUCCUGCAGCACGACGAGGCAGAAUGUGCAGUACACCAACCAUUGCAAGAUGGCGCCAAAUGUGGAUGGAAGUACAGGGAUUGCUGGGAUGCGAAGCAAUGCAUCAAGGGGCAUUGGGACAGGACCCAGGAUGCCCCGCAACCACCUCUGUCUUCUCAUGACACUUAGCGGCUGAAAAGGAAGAGGUGCUCUGUGGGAUAGCAGCCCAGAGUGCACCGCUCUGAACACUGCUGCAAGUGCCACAAGUGUGAACAUGGUAUUGCACAGGCAGCUGACAGUGUGUACACACAAUAGCAGUUUCCCCUCAGCACUUUCUGAGCGGCACUGAACUCCCAGUGCUGUAACUCUGCCAGUGUAGACCUAGCCUCAGAGAGACUGACUGCCAGGAUCCCAGGACUGAUCCCUUCUGGGGAAUGAAGCACAACGUUGAUAGAUUAUGCAGCCUUCACUAGUCUCCCUGUACCUGAAAACCCUGCUAGCCCAAAGUGCUGGACCAUCUAUGCUAUUACCUGGUUCCUGAACUGCAGUUCCUACUCCAGGUGAAUCGAAAGACAGAGAGGUGCAGAGAUCCAACCCCUUAUAAUCUUAGAAAUGUUUUAUUCCUUUUUCUAUUUUGUGCCUGUUUCUUUUUAUGAACUUAAAACCUCCCAGCCUUUCUCUUAGAUUGGGGUGUAACAGUGUGGCUCAGUGGGGGUGAGUGUGUGAACACCUCUGAAAUCUACAAAGGGAAGAUGCUAGGAAGAAUAGUUCCCCAAAUCUUAAUAGCCUUAAAACUCUGCCCUAUGAAAUGACUGAAUGCAUGCUCCUCACCCCUCUUGCAUCCCCAGGCCCUGCCUCAGCCAGGAGCCUUCACCCAAACUCUCUCCCAGAGCCUGCAUGCAAACUCCCAGGGCCCACACCCCCUCCUAUACCCCCCACUGCUUUCCCCAGCGCAGAGCCUGCACCCCUUCCUGUCCCCAAACUCCCUCCCAGAGCCUGCACCCCAAGCCUGCACCCAAACUCCAUCCCAAAGCCUAUACCCCUCACCCCCUCCUGCACCUCCACCUCCUGCCCCACAGUCUUCACCCUCACCCCCUUUCCACACACCUCCUCCAGCCCCCAAACACCCUCCCAGAGCCUGCACCCAAACUCCCUCCCAGAGCCUCCACCCCCACCACCAAAUUCCCUCCCAGAGCCUGUACUCACACUCCCUGCCUACACCUCCACCCCCUGUACACGCACCCCCAUCCCAGCCCAGAGCCUGCACCCAGCGCCCAAACUCCAUUCCAGAGCCUGCACCCCAAACUCCCUCCCCCACCCAAACUCCCUCCCAGAGCCCAUCCUCUCACCCCUUCUGCACCCAAACUCCCUCCCAGUGCUUGCACCAUAAUCCCCUGUACCCCAGACCUCCUGCCCCCACCCAAUAUCCCCUCCAGAGCCGUAGGCAGGUGGGGUGGAGUUUGGGGGGGCAGGCUCUGUGCACCACCAAAAUUUCUACAAACCUGCUGCACCCUGCACUCCUUGGUUCUCUGCAGCUGCUCCCUCUCUAGAGACUUUUUUCUAUCCCAUCUCUCCUCUUCUCUGUGCUCUCUUUCCCUGCUCCCCUUUGUUUUCUAUGGGACCUGGCCCCAUAGUUCUAUGUUGUGCAAUGUCAUGUUUAACUUUCCAAAUCAUCUGGGGCCCGGAGAAUAUUUCCAGGUGGUUGUCCCCUGCGUAGAUUGUAGUGAUCUCUGGUGUGUCCUCAUGGGGAACCAGUUCACAAAAAAGAGCCAGGAGCUGGUCCCAGUGCAUCCCCCAUCUGCUGUGCGGAGAGAAAAUUGCCUCCAGGCCAAGGCCCAGCUGCAAACCCCUGGCUGAAUUACAGGCUGUCUUGGAAGCCCACUGCACAAUGCUGUGCCCACAAAUCCAUAUCCCCAGCCACAGGUGUACUUCCAUAUAAUCUAAGUAAGAGACAUGGGGAAGGAAGCAAACAGAGUUAAAACCUGUGGUGCGUAUGGUCCACCACAUGCAUUGGCCUCCCCUCAGGCAUGGAAUUUAUAAUCCCUUCUGCCAGUUGGUGUCAGCAGCAACAAAGGCUGGGUUCAAUGUCUAGGAGAGGAGAGUAGCAGAGACAGAGGAGGAGGAGGAGACAGAGAGUCCUGGGAGAAGAAGCAGCUGGAGGGAAGCAAUGAGUGCAGAGUGCAAACCGACUACCUGAAGGUCACACAAGGAGUCCUGAAAUAAUAAUAGCUGCAGGUCCCAGGGUGUAAUGAUCAGCCCUCAAGACUCUCAAUCCUGCAAUCUGAGUUCAAAUCCCAGUGGGACCUCCUGGUGCUGUGUUGGUUUGCUGUAAAGCCUUGGAGCUCAAUGUGCUUGACUUCCUUGUUCCUAGGUGCACCAGAGUGAUUUUUUUUGUGACUGAUGCCCACUAGAGCUAGGGCUUUGGUCCGGCUGGUUCAACAGGCUGGCUGCAAUAGAUUGGGGCCCUAGAAUUUAAGAGUCUGGCAAGAGAUUCCUGUGGGUUGACCUUAUGGUUGUAUUUUUUGCUGCUUCACCUGAUGCCCACAAGUUUGGUCCUUGUACCUGCAGCUGCCACGCACUUCCUCUUGCUCACAUGGCACUUAAGAGGAGCAGUACCAGGGCCAGGCUUAAUAGUCAGGGAAAGGCAAGAGGGAGGGAGUCCCAGGCUGGAGCCCAGCACACCUUUCCUCCUCUGGGCCCUAGAGCAGAGGCAGCUGUUCCUCACAGCUCUAAGGGAAUGCUUAAAUGCCAAAGAGCAACCGAGGGCAGGGCAAGAGGAGGGGAGGACCAUGCCCACGCGUGAAUUCAGAGAGUAAUUGAUGUCCACUCUACAUACACAUUGAUAACAGUGUGCAGAUACUAUGUUGCUGAAUAUGAUAAAUUUGAUAGACUAUUAAAGAGAACAUCUUUAUAUAAAUUAUACCCCGAAAUUGCUAUCAACUGUCAAUUUCCCUGUAUAAGCAGACAGCCAUAGAAUUAUCAAUAUUUGGCCUUAUAGGAACUAUGAGGCUUCCCGCUAUCACAAAUAAAGGAGAAAUGUUGUCACGUUUUACAUAAAUUUUCACCUUACAGAUAACUAACAUGUUUCUCACUGUCCUGAGUUCCACGGGACAUGGGGAAGCUCUAGGAGAUGGCUCCCCUUGGGAUCAUGGAUUACAUGGAUCCAAAGGGCUGGGGGAAGCCAGACCCAACCUGCAGCCAGGAAUUCCUAGAAGCUCCCUCCUGUAGAGAACUCAACUGAAGGAUCGCAAAGAAGCUGGAUGUUAGGUAAUUUUGGCUGAAUGCCACUCUCUGGGACUUUUCUCCUAUCUAGUAGGUAAUUUUGGCUGAGUGCUUAAUGCGAUGGAUCAGAAAUUCAUUGGGGUGUCCCCACCCAGGUGGAAAUGCUGCUGACUAUGAAACUUCCCGUCUCUUUUGUUUUUAGUGCUGUAAUAUUAGUGGUGCUUGCUGGAUCUCACUGCUCUGCUUGAUAGAAUCCAAACACAAACUGAACUUGUCAGGCAUAGGUGGGGGCUGGCAGGGAGUCAGAUGUGGGAUGGUUUCAAUCACACAGACAGGCUCUAGUGACAAAGUUCCAGAAUGUGUGGGAGUAUAAAGCUGGUUAGUCAAUGUUACAUUCCCCUCCCAGCUGACAUGGUCUACGAGAGGUGCAAAUCUCAUCUCUAAUAUGGCACAUUCUGCCAAACAUUGAGAGGUACCUUCAUUUAUACUCUGUGAGGUCUGAUCUCUGUUUUGUGCACUGUGUUUGUGAAUGAAAAUUAUAGACUACCAUAUUCAAGAAAAAAAUGCAUCAGCACAUGGGAUUGCCCGAACCACCAACAGAGAAAUGCCACUGAAUGGAAGGUAAUGACGUUCCUCUUUACUAGAUAGGGACUGGCUACAGAGAUUGCUUACACACAGACCCCAGAUGCAUUCAGCUUUAGUUCUUUUAAUGCUCUACCAGGAGUUCAUUUACAUGAGGUAUUUUACACACAGUGCCACCUUGUGGCUGAUUAAGGGGAUGCUAAACUCUAGUAUACUAAAGGGUGCACUGCAGGGCCUCCAGGCUAUUUGCCUAUCAUCCUUCUCUGGCUUCUGUCCAAAACCCCGGCAGAGCAACGAGACAUGCAUUUGUAGACUCCCAGUCACAGCCCAGUCAGAUCGUAGAUUCUAUAGACUGGAGAGUUUGUUUUCUUCAUUCGGGGGGUCUUCUCCUCUCCCUGCAUAGCCAGCAGUAAUGCUUGAUGGUCCUAACAACAUGCCCCAAUCUCUAGUCAGAAGAGACCUCACUAGAACUGUGAAGAAUAUUUGCCCACCUAGAGCAGGGGCAGUUGUAGUGAUAUGAUAUAGAUGAAUGAUAGAAGGAUUAGAAAACACGACUUUGAGGGAUAGACUAAAGGAGCUCAAUCUAUUUAGCUUAAGACAGAGAAGGUUAAGGGGUGACUUGAUCCCAAUCUAUAAAUAUCUAAGUGGGGAACAAAUAUUUAAUACUGGGCUCCUCACUCUAGCAGAGAAAGGUUUAACAUGAUCCAAUGGCUGGAAGUUGAAGCUAGACUAAUCCAGACAGCGAUAAGGUGUAUAUUUUUAACCACGAGUGUAAUUAACCAUUGGGACAACUUACCAAGUGUCAUGGUGGAUUCUCUAUCUCUGACCAUUCUUAAAUUGAGGUUGGAUGUUUUGCUAAAAGAUCUGCUUGAAGAGUUAUUCUGGGGAUGUUCAAUGGCCAAUGUUAUACAGCAGGUCAGACUACAUGAUUAUAACUGUCUCUUCUGGUCUUGGAACCUAGAAUACAAACUGCUUAAGUCUCUUAGUGUCUCAUGAGAAGAGCGCUCAUAUCAAGACUUGAGAUCGAGCUUUUGGUUCCAAGCUAUAGACAGAGGAACUACAAAGCGGAAAUGAAUAGUAAGGUCCCUUAGUGCUUAUGCUGAUGUGCACAGACAAAGUGUGAAGGAAUAGUUGCAAAUAUUUUUGCUCCAUGGGCAAUGAUGAAUUAAUCGACAACCUGAAUGAGUGUCACUGUCGGUGUAUUGAAUCACAGAUAUGUGAAAUUGCUUCCUCUCUUGGAUCGCAAUUUCAAAGUUUAUGAAGGCAGUUUGUGUCUGCAAACUAAACCUGUGGAUUGUGUCAAACUUAAAAAAGAAACAUCAGAACUUAUUGCAGCUGAGAUAAUAAAUGUUCUGAAUAAGUAUGGAAGCAGAUAAUACAAAGAAAAACUUUGGUGGUUGAUACAGACAUUGAAGAGAACAUUGGCACACCAAAGUGAAGAUGAGCUUAAAAAGGGAAGUGAUAGGCCUUGGAUGUCCAGCUCACAUCAUGCACAACCAUACUGAAUUACAGAGGAUACUAUCCUGGUAGACACAGAGCAUUCUAAUUAACAUUUUUGGAUAUUUUCAUAUAUUCACUGUGUGGAAAGACUGCAAAGUUUUUAUGAGUACGUGGGAUGAGAAUAUUGGAAUACACUGGGAUAUAUAUCUGUUCAAUGAUUAUUACAACAAAAUGUAAUAUGGCCUGAAAAUUCUUAGCGUGCGUAGAAGACAACUUUCUGAUUCAUAAAGUUGAGGAAACAACCAGGGGGUUAUCCAUUUUGGAUCUGGUUUUUACUAACAGGGGUAAAUUAGUUGGGAAUGUGAGGGUGGUGGGGAACUUGGGAGUGAUCAUGAUCUGAUAGAAUUCAAGAUCCUGUGGAAAGGACAUGAGAACAGCAAAACAAGAGCGCUGGACUUCUGACAGUCCGAUUUCAACCGACUCAGAGAAAUAGUAGGCAAAGUUAUCUGCAAAUUUGAUCAGUAUACUCUCUAUUCCUAUAUCCAGGUAAUUAAAGAAAAUAUUCAACAUCAGGCCAAGAAGAGGAGGUUAGACUAGAUGACUUUUGUGGGCCCGUCUAAGCCUAUGAUUCUAUCAUUCUAUGACCAUCUCUGCUCACAUUUUCCUAUAUCUUUCAAGAAAAUGCAAGAGACCUCCAUCAGUAAUUAAUACAUUGUUAAGGGAAAGGCUUCUCUGCAGAGGAGCACUGGAAAAAAAAAAUCAAACCAUGAGCCUGGAGUUGAUGAAAAGGCUGCUGUGACUGGCAUUGGCAAGGUGGUUGCUUGGACUGCAAUUGCUGCAACACAAAAGCCUGUGCCACAUGUCCUUGUGAUUUGCUGGAGAUGUCUGCACACAGAGACCCUGAUAGUGCAAUCUCAGUAGGUUUUGCAGGAAAUGGAGUUACUCUCCUUUCAACUUCCUUUAAUUACCAUUGCUUAAAAAUGAAGCAGUUAGAAGAAAAGUCCCAGAGAGCAGCAAUGGGGCUAAUCUGGCCAAGGCCCUAUUAGUAUAUAGUUUGUUAGCCUGAGAUAGAAUUUUGGGUUUGACUUUUGAGACUCUUACAUCCUAAUAUGUGUAAACAAGGAACAAAGAAACUAAUAUCAUGGUUGGAAGGGACCUCAGGAAGUCAUGUAGUCCAACUCCCUGCUCAAAGCAGGACCAAUCCCCAUUUUUUCUUGCCCCAGAUCCCUAAAUGGCCCCUUCAAUGAGUGAGCUAACAACCCUGGGUUUAGCAGGCCAAUGCUCAAACCACUGAGCUAUGUGAAUAAAGACACUAUAUGUUGCUUCUGCCCCGCCAGAUGGGCUUGUUAGUAUAAUGGAAAAGUUAAGGGAUAGCACUAAAGUGUUACUAGGUACGGUGGGAGUGUAAUAUACGAGCAUACACUGGAAGGCUGCCUGGCUUCUCUCUCAAACCAAGGUAAAGCAACCAGUUGGGAGGGGCAAGGAGGGGGAUGGGGAAGACAUAAGACACACUAAAAGCCAAAGAACAGCCUGGCCUUGACCAGUACACAACCUCAGUUUUUACCCCUCCCAUAGGAUAGAAAAGAGGAGGUACCAAGCUCCCAGACUCACAACUCUCCAAAACAGAACAUGAGGCAAAAGGGGUCCACCUCCAACCCCCACCGUCUGUUUCCUUGGACCACUUCCCCACAGAUCUAGCACCUUUCUCCACCUUUGUAUCAGGGCCUCAGUCUGGCAGUAGUUGGCCAGGAAGACGCCCCAUCAUCUCGGGCAUUGGCACUCUCACUGAAGGACUGUCUGGAUAUGUGGACUUCCUACUCAGACCCUACGCCACCAGCACUCCCAGCUAUCUCCAUGACACCACAGAUUUCCUGAGAAAACUACAAUGCAUUGGUGACCUCCCAGAAAACACCAUCCUAGCCACCAUGGAUGUAGAGGCUCUCUACAAAAACAUCCCCCACACAGAUGGAAUACAAGCUGUCAGGAACAGUAUCCCUGAUGAUGACACAGCACAACUUGUGGCUGAGCUCUGUGACUUUAUCUUCACGCACAAUUAUUUCAGAUUUGGUGACAAUAAAUACCUCCAGACCAGUGGCACCGCUAUGGGCACCCGCAUGGCCCCACAAUAUGCCAACAUUUUUAUGGCUGACCUGGAACAACACUUCCUCAGCUCUCGUCCACUCAUGCCCCUUCUCUACCUACGCUACAUUGAUGACAUCUUCAUCAUCUGGACCCAUGGGAAGGAGACCCUGGAAGAAUUCCACCAUGAUUUCAACAGCUUCCACCCCACCAUCAACCUCAGCCUGGACCAAUCUACAUGGGAGGUCCACUUCCUAGACACCACAGUACAAAUAAGUGAUGGCCACGUUAACACCACCCUAUACCGAAAACCCACCGACCGCUAUGCCUACCUUCAUGCCUCCAGCUUCCACCCCAGACACACCACAUGAUCCAUCGUCUACAGCCAAGCGCUGAGGUACAACCGCAUCUGCUCCAACCCCUCAGACAGAGACCAACACCUACAAGAUCUUCACCAAGCAUUCUCAAAACUACGAUACCCACACAAAGAAAUAAAGAAACAAAUCAACAGAGCCAGACGUGCACCCAGAAGCCUCCUGCUACAAGACAGGCCCAAAAAAGAAACCAACAGAACUCCACUGGCCGUCACCUACAGUCCUCAGCUUAAACCUCUCCAACGCAUCAUCAGUGAUCUACAACCAAUCCUGGACAAUGAUCCCUCACUUUCACAGACCUUGGGAGGCAGGCCAGUCCUUGCCCACAGACAACCCGCCAACCUUAAGCAUAUUCUCACCAGCAACUACGCACCACACCAUAACAAUUCUAACUCAGGAACCAACCCAUGCAACAAACCUCGAUGCCAACUCUGCCCACAUAUCUACACCAGCAACACCAUCAUAGGACCUAACCAGAUCAGCUACAACAUCACCGGCUCAUUCACCUGCAUGUCCACCAAUGUUAUAUAUGCCAUCAUAGGCCAGCAAUGCCCCUCUGCUAUGUACAUUGGCCAAACUGGACAGUCAGUACACAAGAGGAUAAAUGGACACAAGUCAGAUAUCAGGAAUGGCAAUAUACAAAAACCUGUAGGAGAACACUUCAACCUCCCUGGCCACACAAUAGCAGAUGUAAAGGUAGCCAUCUUACAGCAAAAAAACUUCAGGACUAGACUCCAAAGAGAAACUGCUGAGCUCCAGUUCAUUUGCAAAAUUGACACCAUCAGAUCAGGUGUAAACAAAGACUGUGAAUGGCUAUCCAACUACAGAAGCAGUUUCUCCUACCUUGGUGUUCAUACCUCAACUGCUAGCAGAGCACCUCACCCUCCCUGAUUGAACUAACCUCGUUAUCUCCAUACUGAUUUAUACCUGCCUCUGGAAAUUUCCAUUACUUGCAUCUGAAGAAGAAACAGAAGAUACCUCCCUUGGUAAUCCAAGUAAUUGCUUGCUAAGGAAAAGGCUUCUUUGGAGAGAAGCAUUGGAAAAAAUCAAAUCACAAGCCUGGAGUUGAUGAAAAGACUUCUGUGACUGGCACUGGCAAGGCAGUUGCUUCGACUGCAAUUGCUGCCACACAAGAGCCUGUGCCACACAUCCUUGUGAUUCGCUGGGCAUGUCUACACACAGAUGUCAUGUCACCUUCCUUUUGAUUGUCAUUGAUGAAAAAUGGACCAGUUAGGAGAAAAGUCCCAUAGAGUGGCAACAUGGCUAAGCUGGCCAAGGCAUCUGCCAGGUUAAGUGGAGGUUAGGGAUGCAGCACCCAGUGCUGCCUUGCCAAAUGUGUCUGCUCUUCCCACCUUUUGGUCAAUCUUUUGAGGAAACAGAGAAGACAACCUUUGCCUUGCAAUGCAAAUGCUUGCAAAAGAAACCGGUCGUUUUUUCUGACAAGUGUCGGAAGGAGGCACCUAAGAAACGUGGAGACAAGGAAAAGGUCACCGUAACUCAUCUUGCAUCCAUGGCUCUUGAGGCCACAACACAGAGUACUAAGCACUGUACAACCAUAGCUGCUGACAGAAGGGUCUUUUCCAAAGGCACUUUCCACUAGCAUGGUCCGCUCUGUGCGCAGAAUUCCUGAUAGUUUGAUGUCUGCAGGCACUGGAGAUCUCUAUUUUAGAAACUCUCUAUCUCUGUCUCAGUGAACAUCUGCUAUGGUUGUUGAAAGUCUGUGAUGGGAUCUCCGGGAUGCAACCUGAAGGGUGGGACCCCUGAGCCCUGUAUCCCACCGCCAGGGCUCCCUCUCACACUGUGAUGCUGUGAUAAACUGCGAAUCUCUGGAAGAUAUUGCACUUACACAGACAUCCACAGGUAGGGACACAUCCAACUGAGUUACAUGAAUGCUUCUCUGAGCCACUCAUAAAACUAAUGAUAGAGAGCCUCCCGCCAAUUUCCCCCAGCUCUGCAGCCUUGCACCCCUGGAUUAUACCAUCUUGUCCUACUCAGAAGUCUGACUAGUGUGAGUUUAUUACGCAGAGUCCACCCCUCGCUCAUUGUGAAUAGUACAUGAACCAGCCUUAUAACAGAGCUGAGAUUUCCCAAGAACUUCAAGCAAAAUACACUAGUCUAAGUCCAGCAUAAAAUAGAUUGAUUAACUACAGAAAAAUGGAUUUUUAAGGAUUAUAAAUGGUAGGCAUAAAAGAUCAGAGUAAGUUACUAUAGAAAUUAAAGAUAAAUGCACAAUCUAAACUUUACACCUUAUUACACUAGGCAGUAGUUAAGUCAAGCAAUUUUCUCACCCCACUGAAUGUUACCAUCCUUAAUACAUAGAAUUCCCCCUGAAACUUGGACUACUGUCCUCAGAUGACCUUCAUUUUCUCAGGAUUCCUGCUGCUUCCAGUGUAGAUGGGGGAGGAGAAAGGCAAAAACAUGAUGUCACAGUCUCCUAUUUUAUAUUCUUAGUUCAAAUGUCUAGAAGACCCUUGCCCAGACAUGUCUGGGUGGGCUCUGCUGAGUCACUAGCUUGGGGAAUCCUCCUGGUGUGGUCUUGUGCAACUGAGUCAUAGACUUGAGCAGUCCCCAUAGUGUGGUGUUUGGGCAUCUGUCAUUGAAUUGCAAAUCCCUUAAUUACAACUCCUCUGCUGAUUCAUGGUUGUUGAACACCCUCGUGGGCAGGGGUCACUAGCAAAAUUAUAGCAUAUUUCAGUAACAACCAUACAGCAAAAUGCAUAACUUCACACACCCUAAUGCUAUACAUAUUUGGACAGAAGGACGGAUUUCAGGAGAUCAUGACUUUUCAUAUGAUAACUUACAUGGAAUGCUUUGUAUGAAAUAUCACAACCGUAUAUGAAUGAUGAAUAUGUGGGCUACAGGGGGCUAUUUUGAGGUACAUCAUGUCACAAAAGCCUCUAGAGACUGGCCUUUGGGAAGAGCUGGCUGAAGAGCCUUCUUAGUAACUGAGAGAUCCUGGCUUGGCCUGCCAGUUUGUCCUUGUGAACUAAACUUGUCUGUUGAGGUCCCUUUUUUGUAUAUCUUCCUCAUAAACAGAAAAGAAGUUCUUUGCCAAUCCUUGGAAGUGCUUGUCAAGACACAGAGUGCCUCUGCACUGGGGCAGGGGGUAAGGGUGCAGGAGGUGGUCGGGGGGGUGGUGCUUACCUCAGGCAGCGUGGCUCCCAAAGUGACCAGCACGCACUCCUCUCCGGCAGUGGCUCCUAGGCAGUGGGAUCCGGGGGAGAUGGGGGCAGCUGCAGAGUUUGCACUCAGGGCCACAGGGAUAUGCUGGCCACUUCCAGGAGCAGCACAGCAUGGAGGGAGGGGGCAGAGUGGGCAGGGAGCUGCCUUAGCACUGCUGGCACAUCUCCGUGUGCUGCUUUGAGGCAUCUGGUCUCCGUGGGCUGCCUGGGGCAGGGGCAGUGCCAGAGGGGGCUCGGGCCCCCCUUUGCCUCCUCUCUCCGGGCUCAUUUUGCUGGCCAACAGGGAUUUUAGGGUGCAGCAGUGCAGGGAGCGGGAAGAGCAAACCACAGCGGCUGCCUUCCCCACAUAUAGGAAAAUGGUUUGACCUGCUGGCCCUGCGGACUAAGUCACCAGGUCUCCAGCUUGCCCCAUUCGACCAAUGGGUUGAUCUUGUGGCCAGAAUUAUUUGCAGUUGGGAUUUCUCCCCAACAGUACCCCACAGGGGUCCAAGGUCAUCUCCAACACAGGCCACACAGGAAGGCUCGGCCCGUGGAGGGGCAGGCUGGGGUUCCUGGAUCCCAUUUGCUCACAGCCAGCGCCCCACCCCCACUCCCAAGUUGUCAAUGGUGCCCCCAGGUCAACCAGAAAGGAGCAGCACCAAAUCCACGUAUGGCUUGCAGGCAACUCCCAAACCUACCACAGCACACCAUCUCGGACAGAAAGGUGCCCAUGCAGCCUCACCAUUGCAUCUUUUCUUUCCACCCAGAACCCCAUUUCUCCUGGGCUGCAAGUAGCCAUCCCAGGGAUGCAAACAGGCAUGCACAGGGGUCUAUCUCCAAGAAGCCAACCGCACCUCCAUGGGUUCAGCCCUCAGAAAGGCAGGCGGGGGCUUCCUGGAUCCCAGUUACUCACAGCCAGCCCACCCCCGCCGACAAAGCCAUCAAUCACGCCACCAGGUUAGCCACAAAGGAGCAGCCAUUCUCCACUUGGACUCAACUUCAUUUGUUUUCCUUCCACCCAGAACCCGCCUUCUUCUCCUGGACUGCAAGUAGCCACCCCUGGGAUGCCAAGAGGCAGCCACAGGAUUCUACCUCCCAGCAGCCAACUCCACUUCCCCAGGCUUUGGCAGAACGAAGGGUUGUGCUCUACUAUCCCCACUUAGCUGCACAGCUUCUUUCCUGCCUUCCUCAGCUUGACUUUCCUCUAUUGCCCCAUUCCUGUCUUACUUCCCCUUUGGCAAGUCACGCAAAGGAGACCAGGAGGAAGUAACAGCCUCUAUAGGCCAACCUCCAAGGGCAGAGGAGGCCAAGCCACAAGCCUCCAAAAGGUGACACGCCUAACUGCUCUAGGUUCUCCAGACUGACACCAAGGCACUUUCUCCACUGAUGUCACCACCCUCUGUCAUGUGGGGGUUGGAGUUAUCCCAGGGACAGGCCAAUAGCAGAAGGAGGAGCGCCUACCUGAACAGCAAAGGGAUCCGGGAAAAGGAAAUCAGCAUGUUUCUGCCUGGUUUUGAACCAGGGGCCUUUUGCGUGUUAGGCAAACAUGAUAACCACUACACUACGGAAACUCCAUCCGCUUGGCUGGUGCUCGCCCUGGCACACACCGAUGGGCAAACCUAGAGAAAGUGGUGGCAGCCCCUCAAUAGGUCCGCUGGUAGAGCAGAGGACUGGAACCGGUGCUCAGGAAGUCAUCCUUAUGUCGCCCUUGUGAUUCUUGCUUGAAGGAGAGCUUCUUUUUCUUCCCCUUGCUACAAAGAGAACAAUGAAAGGUCAGGUGGGCUAACUCAGUGCAUGCUAUCUUUUCCUGCUGCAUAGCCUGAAAUGAGGGACUUGUGGCAGUUAAAGGCAUUGCUGUACUUUCAGAAAACAGCCCACUCCUGCACAGAGAGGGAUGGAAGAGUAUGCCAAAGCCUGGGAUUGAACCAGGGACCUUUAGAUCUUCAGUCUAGCACUCACCCAACUGAGCUACUUCAGCAGCUGCUAGGUUUCUUUUUGGCCUACUGUUUUUCUGUCUGGGAUGUUUUUGUCAGUUGUGGCACAGAAAAAGGCUGUCAUUGCGAGCGGCCCAUGAAGGCAAUAUUAACUUUUGCCUUCCUUGCUCAGGUUUACUUGCUUCCCCGCCCUAUUGCUGCCUUAGUUCCCGAGUUACCUGAAGGCGACGGAGGCCCAGUGGUAUGAGGAGGAAGUUGGGCAUCUAGACCCUGAUGGCAAGAGGCCUGCCGCCACUUGCAACCCCACUCUCUUCUCUCAGCUUCACAUAUUGGCCGCCAGGGACUUGGUGCCCAGCAGCGCAACGGAAGGCGGUGGACACAGCCACCCUCACCUUGAAGCUCCGUCUCAUUAAACCAUAUCUUCAAUCGAUGAUGGCCAAUGAGAGACCAACAUCACUUGCUAUUUGAGCACUUGAAAAUGCAAUUGGCCAAUCUUUGGAUCUCUCUAAUGCUGCGCUCAUGAGAGCAAAGGUGAGAAAAGUGACUUUUGAACUAAAGGACUAUGGUUAACAUUCUAUCGCUGUCUCUUACUGUAACACCCUGUGUUGGUGGCAGUCCAAUCGCUAGAUAUUAGUACAUUUCAGUUACUGUUAAAAUUAAAGUUUCUAUAUGCUUAGAGGAAAUGAAUUUGUUUUAUUUGCUUAUAUAUGGCAUGAAUAAAUAAUGAUUUACAGAUCCUAGCAUGCAAAUUUAUCAUUUUAUAUGACAGAGAAAAUCAUGCAUCCAAACUGUGCAUCAAAAUCAUGAAAUGAGUUAAAAUGCAGUUAAAAAUAAGAUAUUCGAAAGUUUAAUAUAUGGGGGUGAGCACCUAAGAUGCUUCUUGCCUGGGGUGCCAUUUGGUCUAGGGAAUGCAGGAGUUAGUUUCACAUGCCUAUUUUAAGGCUGUAAUCUGUGGGCACCUGCUCUGUUGGAGGGAUCCCGGCAGCCCAGACUCAGGGCUGGAACAGGCCCCUGAUUUAGGGGGUGGCUACAUGGUUUACAGCACUCUUAUCUCACAGACAAUCUGUCUCUCCCAAAACCUCCGAUCUGCAUCCCCAGAAGGCUCCGGCACUGCCUCCUCUCCAUUCACAUUCUAUAGCAAGGAGCAGCAUCAAGAGUUAGGGAUGAGCCAUAGGGCACCAGGUGGGUGACAGAGGUUCCAGGAGUAAACCCAGCACCCAAAGCAGAGGGGGAAUACAAGGCUUUUUCUCUUUAUUUAGCCAUGUGCUAUAGCUCAGAGAGCUCUCUGAAAUGUCUCUCCUCCCACAACCUGGGAAAGUUUUCUCAGGUUCUAGCUUGAUUUGAAUGAGGAUCACUGGACCCUAUAACCAUUCACUGCCCUUUCCUAGAGAAACCUGUGAUACACAGAACGGGGCUGAGAUAAAUGCUUACUGGAGUGAAGAAUUGCUCCCCUGGAAUAGCAGCAGUAUUGGGCAGCUGGAAAUCUCACCAAAGGAGCUGAAGCCUUGGUGGUUCAGUAAUAGACGUCCUAGGCACUGCAUGGGAAGUUUAGGUUUGUUUCCUGAACAAUAGCAGUGUGAGUUUUAUUGUCUCAAAAUGUCAGUAGAAAAAUUCUUACCCUCUUACCCCUGUCUGUGUCCCUUUGCCCAUAGCUGUGGCCCCAUUCUCAGCUGUGGCUAAUGGGGGGCAUGACCCUCAGAAGUUUUUGGGACUACUGAUCUAGGUGGUGGGACAAGGGUGUUUAAUCUUUGCAGAGACCCCUAAAGGACAGGUGUGACUGCUAGCUAGCUGCCUGGGCCCAGAAAAUGGCCAGAAAUUCUGUAUCCUAGCAACUGAUGGCCAGGGGGUACCUGCUAGAAGAAGCCAGCUGGUUGGGAUGAGUUGGAGAACAAAGAAAAAGGAGGCCAGGUGACCAGUUUGCCUGGGAAAGAGAAUGAAGAACAGAAGAGAGGCAAAAAGGCAUGGCUGAGGAGGCUCUGGGACUCGGGGGGAGAGCCCAGGCUCUGAGUUCUGGGUCUCCCCAAGAUGGACUUUGCUGAAUCUUCCUGCUUCCUGUGCUAACAAAGAAGUUUCCCACACUUUAUUCCAGACCACUAAUAAACCUUCUGUUUUACAACA